GCCGGCUCUUCUUUGGUUCAACUUUGCUGUGAAACGGGGCAUCCAAGGAGCUGCAUCCUCACAACCACUGAUGGCGCCUGUGGUGCCCAGGCUCCCCCAUUGCGGUGCUGUCCGCAUCCGCAUCUCCAGCUUGGAGCUGGGGACGACCAAGUGGAAAGAAGGCAGCUUUGAGAUACAUGAGAGGGAUAGCAAAGUCAACCUAUGCCUGAAGUUCAGCAGUGGGGGCGCCCCCAAAAUCUUUCAGCUAAAACAAAAUGUGAAGAAUGUGGUGCUGGGCCCAAUGCAGAGCAGGAUUCGGAUUGUGGUGUCUCUGAAGGACUCGAGUGUGGUCACCUUCGACAAGGUACCUGUCGCUGUGGCCCAGAAAAUGAAAGACUACCUGGAGAAACUGAAACAGGGUAAACAGACAGUUCUAAAGGCAACCCAGGGAAGUGUGAGUUUUGGCAGUGUCUUGGGGAAUCGAUCACUCAGGAAUGACCCCGGCCCACAUCUCUCUUCUGCAGAGAGACAGGCCACACCCAGGCGAGCCAGUUUGGACGGCAGAGAGGAGACCCCCCUGCGCAGGCCCCUGGGGAGCCCCAGUCGGGUCACAUCCACACCGGUCCGCGGCGGGCUCUCUGAGAACAGAAUUGAGAAAAGGAAGAGGCUAAUAGCCUCAGAGAGCGACCUGAGUGAGGACUACCCCAAGGAGAAUGACUCUUCCAGCAAUAACAAGGCCACCCUGGACCCAUCUCGGAAGUUUCUGCAGAGCUGCAAGGAGAAGCUGAGACAGUCAGAGGAGAACAGAAGCUCAGGUCCGGCUCCACUGCAGCCAUCGUCCUUCUACAGCAGCCGGUCAGUGACAAAGGACUCACAUGGACGCUCAUUCCUGGAUAGGCCAAGCAGUACAAUCCAGUCUCCCUCUUCUAAAAGGAGCCUGCUGUUCCCCAAUCACUCGACACCAUUCAAGAAGGUUCGGCCCAGCGGGGACUACAGUGGAUGGAGGCCCAGACCCUCCCUUCUGCCUCAGCCUCAGUCUGCUCUGCAGGGAUUCUCCAACCUGGGAAACACGUGCUACAUGAAUGCCAUUCUGCAGUCCCUGUUCAGCCUGCAGUCCUUCUCCAAUGACCUGCUGAAACAGGGCAUCCCCUGGAAGAAGGUCCCCACUAACGCCCUGCUCAGGCGCUUUGCCCACUUGCUGGCGAAGAAGGACAUUUGCGGCCCGGAGAUGAAGAAGGACCUGCUGAGGAGGGUGAAGAGCGCCAUCUCCUCCACAGCCGAGCGCUUCUCAGGGUACAUGCAGAAUGAUGCCCAUGAGUUCCUCAGCCAGUGUCUGGAUCAGCUGAAGGAGGAUGUGGAGAAGAUCAACAGGAGUUUGAAGAAUGAGCCCUGGGAGGAGCUGCAGGGGGCACGGCCAGGGGAGGACACCAACACCUCCCGAAUUUACACCUGCGCCGUGGGAGCCAAUAUGGAGUUUGAGGUGCAGCACACCAUCACUUGUAAAGGUUGUGGAGAGACUGUGACCAAGCGGGAGCAGUUUAAUGACCUGUCCAUUGACCUGCCCAGGAGGAAGAAGACACUUCCACUGAGAUCCAUACAGGACUCCCUGGAUCUGUUCUUCCGGAUGGAAGAGAUUGAAUAUUCCUGUGAGAAGUGCAGUGGGAAAUCAGCAACGGUAACACACAAGUUCAGUAAACUCCCCAGGGUGCUGAUCCUCCAUCUGAAACGGUACAGUUACAACGCCCAGCUGGCCCUCAACAGCAAGCUGGGUCAGCAGGUCCUCAUCCCCAGAUACCUCACUCUGUUGGCCCACUGCACUGACUCCACACGGCCCCCACUCAGUCUCGGCUGGAGUGCACACGCAGCCAUGUCACGAACGCUGAAGACUUCCCAGUCUGUAAACUCCUCGACACUCCUCACAUGCAAAGGCUCUCUCAAACCUGACAGCUCCAGCAGCAUUUUCCCAGACUCAGACAGCGAAGAGGAACUGACCAGGAGGACAGCAAACCUCAAGUGCAGGCCCAGUGACUGUCUGGGUGACGAAGAGAGAACAGACAAGGUGCCACGUGGCACAUCAGCCGAGUUUCUGGACUACAGCGGGGUCAGUGAUGACGAGAUGCUUGCAGCAGCACUGGAAAUGAGCCCUGAGGAUGAUCCCGCGGGCAGCCCUGACACCGGAUACGGCGACGGAGAUGCACCAGACUUGAGUCGUCACACCCAUCCCAUGGAUGCAGACACAACCUCUACAGGUGUGACGGACUGUCUGAACAGGACCAAGGACCUGGAUGAGAACAAGGAGAACCAGACCCCUGAGGGGGUGCAGGGGGAGCUGGACUGGCUGCAGCAGUGCAGUUUGGAGCAGGAGAGGGAGGAGCAGGAGCUGCAGCAAGCCCUGGCCCAGAGCCUGCAGGAGCAUGAAGCUCGUGAAAUGAAAGAGGACGAUGACCUUAAAAGGGCCACAGAGCUCAGCUUGCAAGAGUUCAACAGCUCUUUAGCAGAGCUCCACUGUUCUGAUGAGGACUCAGGGAAUGAGGAUGUCUUUGACAUGGAGUACAGUGAGACUGAGGCUGAAGAGCUGAAGAGAAAUGCUGAGACUGGAGAGAUGGCCAAUUCAUUCAGACUCAUCAGUGUGGUCAGCCACAUUGGCAGCAGUUCAUCCUCAGGGCACUAUAUCAGUGACGUCUACGACAUGAAGAAGCAGUCGUGGCUGACCUACAACGACCUGGAUGUGUCACGCACGCAGGAGUCGGCCGUGCAGAGAGACCGGGACAGGAGCGGGUACAUAUUCUUCUACAUGCACAAAGACGUGUUUGAGGAGCUGUCAGAGCUGGAGAGGGCGGGUCCUGCAGCCACUCUGGGGAGCAUGGCCACUUCAUGAGUGAACCGUUCUCACGCGGACGACGGUUGACUGGAUCUCUGUGAUGAACGGAUGCACCUGGACUCAAAGCCACAGCAUUUCCAGUACUACUGAUCACUUGUCCACCUUCCUUUGUGUUACGCACUUUUUUUCAGAAAAACACAGGUAACACUUGGUCAUAGCUGGUUUACCUUCAACCUUGCUCCUGAUUCUCUCCCAGGCCCUAGAGAAAGGCAACACACAUAUUUUAUUUGUUUGACAGUGCAUUUUUAAAAUGUUAAUGUUUAU